UCAGGAUCUCCCUUAUUGAUGAUUAUAUGAGAAGCACCGGCGUAGCCGGGUUCUCAGACUUCGCUGUGGCGCAACCCGGGCUGGGAGUUGCGAAUUCGGAUGGAUAUCGCGUAGUGUGAAAAACCGGGAGUGAGUUUUGACAGCUCCGAGAACAGGAUGGAUGACAGACGGAACAAUCGCGAGGUGGUGACGGUGCUGUUCCUGUGUCUGCUGUGGUACGUCGUCUCCAGCAGCAGCAACGUCGUCGGGAAGAUGUUGCUGUCCGAGUUUCCGUAUCCUCUCACCGUCACCAUGGUCCAGCUGACCUCGAUCACCCUCUACUCCGAUCCGUUUUUCAACCUCUGGGGCGUGAGACGUUACACGUCCAAUAUUACGUGGAGCUAUUACCUGAGGCUCAUCGUCCCCCUGGCCUUAGGCAAAUUUCUCGCGAACGUGUUCAGCCACGUCAGCAUCUGGAAAGUACCUGUCUCCUAUGCUCAUACUGUGAAGGCUACAAUGCCCCUCUUUACGGUAGCCCUGUCAAGAAUAAUACUUCGGGAGCAACAGACAUGGAGAGUCUACCUGAGUCUGGUACCAAUAGUGGGUGGCGUAGCAGUUGCCACGUUGACAGAGCUUAGUUUCAACAUGAUUGGCCUGAUAAGUGCGCUAGCAUCCACCAUGGCAUUUUCCCUGCAGAAUAUUUACUCCAAAAAGGUACUGCAUGACACAGGGAUACAUCACUUACGGCUACUGUACAUCCUUGGUCGUCUAGCUCUGUUUAUGUUUCUACCGAUUUGGGGUAUAUGCGAUUUGUACCGUUUGAUAUACGAACCGAUGAUAAAACCAUCGACAGAGACAAGUUAUUAUAUAUUAGGAUUGUUGUUUUUAGACGGCAUAUUGAACUGGUUUCAAAAUAUUAUCGCGUUUUCCGUGCUAUCUAUCGUGACUCCUUUAACAUAUGCGGUGGCCAGCGCGAGUAAACGUAUAUUCGUGAUCGCAGUGACGUUAUUCGUUCUCGGCAAUCCGGUUACGUGGCUGAAUAUAUUCGGCAUGACUAUGGCCAUAUUUGGAGUACUGUGUUACAAUAAGGCCAAGUAUAAUCAAAGAAUGGAGAAACAAAAGGAGACGGUUCUUCCGAAGUAUCAUAAUUUAAGGCAGAAUGGUAACAGUUCUUUCAUGGUGAAUGGAUUUGCCAGUAAACAGUAUCAAUCAUUUGCAAUCUAGUCUCAAUUCAUAGUUUUAUUUUGACGAUUUCAUGAAUCUUCUGGAAUAUUUAUUUCUGCCCAUGAAUUAGUUUCAUUCAGCGCGCGACAAAAUACUAAUAUGAUUUGUUAUGUUAUGUGGAAGAAACUCAUGACCAAUUAUUGUGUAUGGAUGGGUGUGUAUUUUUGACUUGUAUAAGUAUUGCAGGAAAAAGCGUGAUUUAUAUUGCUCGAAUUUCAUCGUGAAAAUCACUCGAUAUUUCUUAGCUAAUAAAAAAUAUUAUAUUUUCGUACUGCGCUCGUUGUGAAUUCGAUUUAAUUUCUCCAUUCUGAACCUGCGGGUAAGGUAUGAUUACAUAAUUCAAAAAUAUAGUCUUCUAGCUGAUUGCUGGUUCAAUUAGCAUUAAUCACGAAAUUACAUUCCUGCAAAUCGCUUAGAAUAAUGAAAGGUACGCAAUGUGUUACACACUAACGACAUCCUGUUAUUUGAUAUAUGCGAUGCAGUAUUUAUUAAUACAUAGAAAUUGAAAAUUCUGUUAGAUACUAAAUAAUUCAACUGUUAUAACACGGUUUAUGUACUUUUGAACGUUGUACUAUAUUCAGUGUUGUGUCCAAUUUUAUUUAAACAGUUCUUCAGGUUUUAAUCCAUUAUACGAGAGAAAACUUAUAUAAAUAUGUUUAUAAAAUGUCAAUAUACUGUACAGGCGCAUUGUACGUUGAAGAUGUGCGUGCGUGCGUGUAAGUUCUAUUUAGGAGAGGACGUUCUAGCUGAAAAACCAAUCUAUACAUUUAUUUUUAUAAAUAUACACGUGUACAAAAAUA